GUUAGAGGCGUGGUUUACAUUGCUUAGUUCGCUGCUAGACUUGCGCGGAUAACUACGGACACCUUACAAAGUGCCCUUAGAGAGAGAUUCACAUGACACAUUGCCGUAGCCGCGUCCCGGAUCUAAGUUGAGGUCCCUAGUAUUUAAACCUAUGGUGCGACCGACCGACUACGUUCCGUUAACUAGUGCCCAGAUUUUAUCCACGCUCUCUCUUUAAUCGUACGAUCACCCGUAAGUCGGCUUGACCCGAGAUCAAGGACUGAUAAAGGGACCACAUGCGAUGCUCGUAACUCGGCUCGUGUCCGUUUCCCGUUCCUCCUUUCGUUCCUUUUUCUCGUCCACUUCUCGCACAAUGGCCAUCCAUGAAGCUGUCAUCGUUGCCGCGUCCAGGACACCAGUAGGGUCACUGUACGGCUCGCUCAAAACCCUGACUGCGCCUCAGCUGGGCGCCAUUGCCCUCAAACACGCCUUUGAACAAUCAAAGGCAGGCGUGGGUCAGUCCCCAGCGCGUCAAGUUGCUCUGGCCGCCGGCAUGAACACGUCGUCCGAUGCCACUACCAUCAAUAAAGUUUGUGCGAGUGGCUUGAAGACCAUCAUGCUCGCAGCUCAGUCCAUUGAAUCGGGCUAUAAGAGUGUCAUCGUUGCUGGAGGUAUGGAGAGCAUGAGCAAUGCACCUUUCCUCUUGCCACGCACCAACCCAUUGUUUGGCAAGUUUGAAACAAAGGAUUCCGUGGAGUGCGAUGGUCUGUGGGACGUCUACAACAACUUUGCAAUGGGCAAUUGUGCCGAGGCUACCGCCGAAAAGUAUGGCAUCAGCCGAGAAUCCAUGGACUCUCAUGCCAUCGAAUCUUACAAGCGUGCGGAAAGAGCCUGGAAAGAAGGCAUUUUCAAUAAUGAGAUCGCCCCUGUGGUCAUCAAGGGUAGGAAAGGUGACACGAUUGUUAAGGAAGACGAAGAAUACAAGAAGGUUAUCUUCGAAAAAAUACCCACCCUUAAGUCGGCCUUCAAACCUGGCGGUUCGAUCACACCUGCCAAUUCCUCCAAUCUUAACGAUGGCGCGUCCGCGUUGAUUGUGAUGUCCGCAGAGAAAGCCAAGGAGCUUGGCAUCAAGCCCCUGGCCAGAAUUGUUUCAUACUCCGAUGCCGGUGUAGAGCCGAUUGAUUUCCCCAUGGCCCCUGCGGUUGCGUUGCCCAAAGCACUCGAAAAGGCCAACCUUACCAUCGAUGACAUUGCCCGAUUUGAGAUUAACGAAGCGUUCUCAGUCGUUGUUCGCAUCGCUGAGAAAUUGCUUCAGAUUGAUCCUGCCAAGGUCAAUGUGGAUGGUGGUGCUGUUGCGCUGGGUCACGCAAUUGGCAACUCUGGCUCCCGCAUAGUAGUGUCUUUGGUUCAUGCCCUUAAAUCCGGGGAAUAUGGUGCUGCUGGGAUUUGUAAUGGCGGUGGUGCCGCGUCAGCUCUUGUCAUUCAGAAAUUGUAA